AUGGAGCGCUAUGUCCAAGCUCAAGCCAUGCAAGUCAGCAACCUGGGAAUGCCUAUUUCCACAUCAGAGCCAAAAGAAAGCAAUGAUGCAGAGAGUACAUUUUCAAAGGAGCUCGACGGUUCCGGAAGUCCUGAGUCCAUUGGACCCAGUCAUGACGCUGGCUCGUGGCCAAGUGUUGUUGUAGAAGUUGGGGUCUCGGAGGCUAUACUAAAGCUCGAAGCUGAUGCCGCAUGGCGGUUAGCUGACUCUUAG